UGCAAAUCCUUAAUAAGGACUGUGUUUUAUACAAUAUAUUCGAGGGUUGGACGCCGCCUUGGGAUGGAAUGGAAAAUAGUAUAGCUGAGGACUUAGCGAAAAUAGCAAAUGUACAGAUAUCAGAAUCGGAUAGACAUUCCAAAAUAAUAUGCGAAACAUGCUGUCAGCUGUUGUUAAGUGCAUGCAAUUUCACGGCGAUUGUUAAGAGAAGUGAUGAAAUACUUCGACAAAGGUAUGGAGAGGAUACGACACAGUUUAAUUUGACCAAUGAUAGAGUAUGGCCAAAGCCGAUCCAAGUGGAUAAGUCAAUAGCUAGUUCUAUGUACGAGAAUGUCGAUAUUAAGAAAGAGGUAGUGUCAGAUGACGAGCAGUAUCCUUCUGCAAAUGGGUCAUACGAUCCGUCUCGAGAUGACUUACCAAACUUAGAUAUUAUUAAAAUUGAACCCGAGGAAAUCAUUCAGCAACAGCCUUCACAACUACAUGUAGCCGUUAAUGGAAACGAACAAUUAGAUCCUAUAAAUACCAAAGAAUCAAAUUUGACGAACGGAAACGGCGACAGUGGAGAACAUUUAAUAUCUGAAGUCAAGGAGGAACCAGUAAGUGAUGAAGAUGACUCAGACCAAGCACACUCAGAUCUAUCGCUCGAAUGUAUGCUUUGUGCUAAAUCAUUUAACAGUGUUUCUGGAUUAAAGGCUCAUGUGAUCGCUCAACAUUCCUACAAAUCAGUCAAACGAAAGAGGUUAAACAGCGUGUCGCCGGAAAAGAAAAAAUCAUUCACAACAUCCACUGAUCUUAUGGUUCAUGAGACAUGUCACAACAAGAGCGUGUGUUACGGUUGUAAUGAAAGCUUCGACACCUUUGCUCAGCUCACAGUACACAGAAGGACAUGUAAAGCGAUAGCUAGCAAAGAAGUGACGAAACUGAAGACACUUGACGAUGUUUUAAGACCUCAACCGAAAGAGCAAACAAAUACACUGCAAUGCACGCUAUGUAAUGAAACAUUCACAGACGUGUAUUACAUGAAUAUACAUCAAGAAAUACACCAUUCGAACAGCGAAUAGAAUUAGAAACAGACGAAAAAUGAUAUAUUGAGGAUAUAUUCAGUGACAAAAGGUGUAGACAAUAUUUGAAUAAAAUCCAAUGUAGUGUUGCCAUGUGUAAUAGUUGUGUUCAAGUUAAAUAAAAUUUGCUUUAAUUAUUAUUUGACCAACAACUUGCCUUUGUUGGCAGUAAGGAUUUUUUUUUAAUUAUCCACAUCAAAAUUUUUAUAAUUUGAUAUUGUCAUUUUAAUUAUUAAUAAUUGUAAAAAACAACUGUGAGUCAUAUGAGGAUUUAAGUUGAUUUUAAUUUUACUGUUAGCGAAUCGUAUGGAAUUUAUUCUUGGACAAUUUUUUAAAUUAAUUUUUAAAAGUAUUUUAAUUAUUGAUUUUAUGUAGAGUAUAGUUUGUCGUCUCUUCAAGUAUUUUUGCUACAAGUGAUUCAUGUACUUGUGUGUUUGCCCUUUUAUACAGACUCUGGGCUUGUUUUUAUCUAAAAAUAUGUUUUUUUUUUAUAAAAUUCUUUGAAAAGUAAUUAAUUUGUAUAUUGUCAACAUUUUGACCAGCCGGUUGCUGAUAACGGUAUCUAAUAGAUAAAAUUCUCUAUCAGAAUUUUACCAUUCAGGUGCUUCUGUUCACAAUUUGUAAAUCGAAAAUUUUGGUUUAUUAGUUGACGUGAAACAGGACAUAGAAGCUUGUUUUUCGCAAGAUGAUAAGCCUAUCGGUAAUUUAUGCAGUACAUAAACGUUAUUAAUAACCGGUACUAUGGGCCCUUAAUGCUAUUAUGAUGUAUUUGAUUAAAUUACUAUGUUCGCUUUUGGGUAUGGAAUUUUUUUUCAUUUGUGAUUUUUUAUCUGUAUAUAUAGAAUAAAAACUUUUUUAUUAUAAGAUUCCUUAAGAUUUUGUAAGAAUGUAACAUGUCUAUGGUUUAGUAAACGUAAGAUUUCACGAACAUUUGUAAAGUAUUCGCAUUGUCAUAUCAUUUUGUAAAUAAUUUGUGUUCGGUAAAAUUGUAUGUAACAUAGUAAUUACAGUUGUUUUGCAACUUA